CCACCAGCAACUAUAGUUGCCGCACAUUCAAAUACAAUUUUUAAGAAAAAAAAAAAGCUGGGGAAAAUAAAUGCAGAACAUGUUCACAUGGGACACUAUUAACACAACUAUAUGCAUGAAACCAUUUUGAAAAAUUUGGGCACAAAUGGGUUAAUUUUCACAAGAUUUUUUAGACUGUAUAAUUCUUAAAUAGCCUACUACAAACGGGGAGACUCUAAAAAAAAAAAAAAAAAAAAAAUGUAGGCUAUUUUCUUCAUAGUUCCCAUAUUUAUUGGAUAUACAAAUGGCAAGUUUAAAACAAAAAUCUUUUUCUCACUAACUGUUUUAUAAUUCGCUCUGGCUCUGCUGUGAGCAGGAACUGACGUCAAACGUUUGCGACAAAUGAAGUUGCUACUAUUUUGAAACCUUACCCCCUACACGAAGAAGUUCGGUUUAAUCAGAUCGGUUCUUUUUUUGCUGCUUGAUGUCAUAAAAAAUGUAGAUAUUGCGCAUAGUUAUCAAAAUGUCGCCAGAGCUCGAAAAGUUCCCGAGAAACGUGUUGGUGUGCGAGAAAUCAAACUUCUUGAAUGAAAAGUCUCGGCAUGACAUCCACGUGUCGAAGCACAACUUUAAUUACAAGAUCUCAGUGCUGAUACCUGAAUGUGGAAUCCUCCCUGCAAACAUCACCAGUGUGAUCAACAGCUUCAGCCCUUAUUAUUUAGUGCGGAAUCUGCCAGUUUAUGAACUACUGGAAGAAACAUUCCUUGAGUCACUUGUAAAGAAAGGAAACUUCUAUGCGGUCUCUUACAGCACCAAAAUUGAUGAAGAUAAUUCCAUUGCACUUCUUUCCAGCGGUCAGUUAAUUUUGUCUUUAGAUAAAGACACAUAUGAACAGCUUGGCUUGGAGGGACGACCAUCUCAGUACAAUCACAAAAAGGCCAUGAGAUUUGUCGUGACUCUGGACCUCACAGACAAAAGCUUGACUCCAGGCACCAAACGAUACCAACGGGUUCUGUCAAGUAUAAAAGACAGACUACCACUCAGAUAUGACUUUCUGUUUACUAAAUGCAACACAGGUGCAGAUGAAGAUAAGACUCUUUGCAAGCUGUUGUCCCAGUACUCAUACGAAGAGCACAAGCCUGCUUUUACCCAUCACACCCUGAAAAAUAUACCAUGUCCCACACUUUACCCAUCAGAUAUACAGGGAAAGACACUGUCAUGUGACCCACAUCACUUUCUGGAGUGGCUUGGAGCAGUUAACCUGGACAUCAGUUGUGAAAAUGCUGCAGACAGUUUCCUGUCGACAUAUGUGUGUCCAGAGCCCAAGAGCUAUGUCAGUCAAGCCUUGCUGUGCACUGUUACUGGCUUUAUUUCACCUGAGAAUGUGUUUGUGUUGUUGCAAGAACUCAGGCAGUAUUUCAAUGAACCGAAGUUUACACCAUGGAUUUCCCUCACUGUGCAUGGAUUUAUGGAUAGUCCUGUGUCAUGGGGAGCCACAGAACAUGGAUUCUUCAAAGGUGGUGAAAACUUCUACAAUUUUGUUUGCUUCAAGAAUCAGGACUACUGGUUACACAUGGCUGUCGGUGCUCAAGAUGGCUGCCCACCAUGAAACAAUGGACAUUUGACACUUGAGGAUGUGAGACAUGUUGUGUUAAAAUGUAAAAUACAAACGUAAAUGUAUGAUGUUGGUUUUUAUUCAAAUUAAAUUAUAAAAGCACAAGAGUGGGUAAAAACA